UUUUUAAUGUGUAGAAAACCAGAUGCGAUGAGAUUCCACCACAGUAACUGUGUAUAUGGUAUUUGUGAAAAGUGUAGUUCACACGGGAAAACAAUUGUGCAACAUUAUCAUGUCUUAAGUCAAGGUCAGUUAAGAAAUCUGUCCUGGAACCACUGGGAGAGAAAAAUGGGAUUUGAUGGUAAGAUAAGAAAGUGUUUGGUAAAAAAAGAAGGAAAUGUACAACAAUGUCUAGAGGAAUUGCAGGAAGAUGUCGACAAACCAACACAAGGUACAUCCCUUGUUAAACAUGUUUUUAUUGCUGAUUGGCAACAGUUCCAGUUUAACAAAAUAAAAGAAAAUCUUCCUAAAGAUAACGUGUUAAUGGUAAUGGACUUCGGAAAAAAUAGGCUGGUGAGAUAUCAAGAUGAAAUCAAAUCAGCAUAUUUUGCUGCCGCUCAGAUAACACUACAUCCCAUAGUUUUAUUUUAUCAUUCAAGAUAUGUACCAGAAUUGAUUGUAAGACAUUCAUUAGUGUUUCUUAGUGAUGAUAUUACACACGAUUCAAAUGCAGUGGAGUAUUUUAAAACCAAAUCUCUAGAAUUUUUAGAAAAAAAGUCUGUUCCCUACAAAGAAUUUAUCAUUUUUUCUGAUGGUUGUGCCGGACAAUAUAAAAGUAGACACACCUUUGCAGAAUUAGCACAAUCAAAUGUUGUAAUACAGCGUCAUUUCUUUGGAAGUGAACAUGGAAAAAGUGAAUGCGAUGGAGAGGUUGCCUCUGUAAAUAAAUCUGUGGACUCAGCUGUAAUAGGAAGACAAGCAAUAAUAACAAAUGCUACAGACAUGUAUCGUUGGUGCUGUGAGCAUAUUGUUUUGGAUGAACCAGGAUCAAAGAGAGAUUUUUUUCUUAUUGAAAAAACAUUAUUGACCAUUCUAAAAAAGCAGAAACUGUUGAUCCAGUUAAAGGAAUAAGACAAAUUCAUCAGGUUAAUAAUGUUCCUCAGAAACUAGGUGAACUAUAUAAAAAAACAGUGUCCUGUUUCUGUGAAUACUGUAUAGACAGAGACUAUACAAGAUGUCUAAAUUCUGAUUAUACUGAUAUUCAAUCAAUAAAGAUCCGAAAUGAAGUCAGAGAAUCAAAGAGGAAGACAAUUAUGCAGGGAACUAAGAACAAUGAAAAAAAAGAAAAUGCAAAAGAUAAGAUUGAGAAUCUUCAUAAGAAAGUUGGUCCACAACAUGCACAAGAAAAGAAAACUGCAAUUAGAAAAAAUAAGAAAACAGUAUCCUCAAAGCCCAAGGUACCUGUAGUAGAACAGUGCAAAAAGGAGAAAACGAAGCCGAUGGCAGCAGAACAACAAUUAAAUGAAAAACCAACAACUGAGCACACAGUAUUAGACAGAAAACAAUACUUUAGUUUAAAGCUUCAUGAGCUGCAAAGAUGUAAAGACUAUGAAAGCUUACAAGCAUUUUGCACACAUUUGAAUGAAGAAUUCAAACAAAUAAAAAUAUUAAUAAAUGAAGAUAUCAACAUAGUGUCAAAUAACUUAGUAGUUGACAAGGAUGCAUCGAAUUUGUUCCCAAAAAAAAGACUACAGCAAACAAAGUUCGUGAAUUAUUUGCCAGUGGUGGUAUAUGGGGAUGGCAAUUGUCUCCCUCGUAGUAUAAGCACACUAAUCUUCGGAAAUGAAGACCAUUAUAUGGAAGUGAGAACUAGAAUAACUGUUGAGAUGUGCAUUAAUGCAGAAUUAUAUUUGAAAAAUGAAACUCUGCUUCAGGGAAAUAGUUUCCCCAACAAGGAUGCCUCUUGUCUACUGAAUACAUAUAUAAUGUUUUUAGAGCAAUAUACACCUGGAGAUAGACUCACUCGAAAUGUAAUCAGAAGACUUUAUGAAGAAGAAGUGAUGAACUCCUGUAAAAAUGGUUCAUGGAUGGGAAUUUGGGAACUCCUUGCAGUGUCAUCGGUUUUAAAUUGUGAGUUACUGUCAGUUUAUCCAGACGUACAAACUGAUGUUGUUCCUCAAACUGUACUCCACAGGCGGAUUCUUCCACUGAAAGAACAGCAUGGUAUAUGUUCUGCCUCAGCUGCUGUUAUGUGGUCAUCAACAAGACAUGAUGGAUUCAUCAACCAUUUUGUGCCACUUUUACCUCUACAUAGACGAGAACCCGAAUCACUCAGUCCAGAACUCUUAAUGAGCUUUGAGGAUUCUGAUACAAGUUUUAAUGAAGAUGACAGCUUUAUAAAAACUUUUCUUGAAAAUGAAAUAUUUAUGAACAUUAAUAAGAGUGAUAUUGAUGUCAUGUCUGAAGUUUUAUGUGACCAAGCAGACAUAGCUGAUGGAAAGUAUGAUGUAAACCCUGGUGUAACAGAAGUCAUCUCUGAUGAGAUUAAUGUAGAGAUCCAUUAUGACCCAGAGCAGUCAGAAAUGCAGUCUGUUGCAGAACUAUCAGAAGUCCCUUAUUAUGAAGAGCACUCUGUAUUGGAGUUUGAAGUGGUAAACACAGGGGUUAUGGAACAAUCACAAGUCAGGUCACAUGUUAUGGAGCAGUCAGAAGUCAAGUCUGGUGCUAUAGAACAGUCAGAUAUCAAGUCUCAUGAGUUGGAGCAGUCAGCAAUCAAGUCAAAUAUUAUGCAGCAGUCAGAAGUCAAGUCUGUUGGUAUGGAGCAGUCAGAAGUCAAGUCUUAUGGUAUGGAGCAGUCAGAAGUCCAGUCUGGUGUUAUAGAACGGUCAGAAGUCAAGACUGAUGGGAUGGAGCAGUCGGAAGUCAAGUCUAAUGGUAUUGAGCAGUCAGAAGUUAAGUCUGAUGGUAUGGAGCAGUCAGAAGUAAAGUCUAAUGGUAUUGAGCAGUCAGAAGUCCAGUCUAAUGGUAUGGAGCAGUCAGAAGUAAAGUCUAAUGGUAUUGAGCAGUCAGAAGUCCAGUCUAAUGGUAUGGAGCAGUCAGAAGUCAAGUCUUAUGGUAAGGAGCAGUCAGAAGUAAAGUCUAAUGGUAUUGAGCAGUCAGAAGUCCAGUCUAAGGAGGGUAUGGAGCAGUCAGAAGUAAAGUCUAAUGGUAUUGAGCAGUCAGAAGUCAAGUCUGAUGGUAUGGGGCAGUCAGAAGUCAAUUCUGAUGUUAUAGAAAAGUCAGAAGUUCAGUCUGGUGGUAUGGAGCAGUCAGAAGUCAAGUCAGAUGGUAUGAGGCAGUUAGAAGUAAAGUCCGAUGGUAUUGGCCAGUCAGAAGUCAAGUCUGAUGUUACAGAAGGGUCAGAAGUCAAGUCUUAUUGUAUGGAGCAGCCACCAUUCGAGUCCAGUGUAACAGAGAAAUCAAGGUGUCUAAAUGGCCAUGGAUUAUUUACUAUAGAAGUUACAACAGAGGAUGGAAGGAGGGCACAUUGAAGUAUACCAUAGCAGUCAGUGAUGUUAUAAGAAAAUUAAAACCGCCUAAUAUAGUAAUGAAGGGGCACUCAUUAC